CUGGGGGUGGACAUGACAUGAGGGACACUGGGCGGCUGGGAAGUGAGCUGUGAGGGGUCUGUUGGGGAGGAGGCAGACCCUGAAUUGGGGGGAAGCUGCUCUGUGCGGGUUGAGAUGUGCUAUGUGAAGUUUUCAGAAGGGAAGUACAAGGUCGGAGGUUGUGAUCAGGUGGUGCCUGAGAGUUGGGAGGUUGGGAGAGGUUAUGACCUGAGCGGUGGGGGGUGUCAGGGGCAGUUAUAAGUUGAGGGCUUCGGGAGCCAGGCAGGGGCUCAGGGAUUACUUUAUGAUAAGGACAUAAGAGUGACUGCACUAGGUCCGACCAAUUACCCAUCUAGCCUUCUGGCUGGUGCUGGUGUCCCAGAGGGAAUGAACGGAAAGGGGCAGUUAUCGAGUGAUCCAUCCCCUGUCGCCCACUCCCAGCUCAUUCAAUUUCUCCACCCCGUGCACUCUGCUGUACCCCUAGUCGCAUUUUUUUCCAACAGUCCCAGUUGUUUUACUCUCUCCUCAUAUGGAAGCCGUUCCCCCUCUCUGAUCAUUUUUGUAGCCCUUCUUUGUACUUUUUGCAAUUACAAUAUCUCUUGUUUGAGAUGAGGCGACCAGAUCUGCAUGCGCACCAUGGAUUUAUAGAGAGGCAACAUGACCUUUUCUGUCUGGUUAUCUAUGCCUUUCCUAACGGUUCCCAACAUUCUUUACUGGUUUUGGCUGGCACUGCCCGUUGAGUGGAUGUUUUCAGAGAACUAUCCACAACUCCAAGAUCUCUCUCUUGAGAGGCAGUGCAUCCCCGGCACCAUGGACCCGGCGUGCGGUGCCAUUGUACACGUGGACUUCCCUGAGAUCACCAGUGCCCUGCUGGAGAACCUGAACCAGCAGCGGGUGGAGGGCAAGCUGUGCGACAUCUCCAUCCACGUGCAGGGCCAGGUGUUCCGGGCCCACCGGGCCGUGCUGGCCGCCUCCUCGCCCUACUUCCACGACCAGGUGCUGCUGAAGAACAUGACGUCCAUCGUGCUGCCCAACGUCAUGGACCCGAGCGCCUUUGAGAUGGUGCUGGGCUCCGCGUAUACCGGCAAGCUGAGCAUGGCCUCAGACGAGAUCGUCAACUUCCUCACCGUGGGCAGCGUGCUGCAGAUGUGGCACAUCGUGGACAAGUGCACGGAGCUGCUCAAGGAGGGGCGGGGCACCGCCGGCCCUUCGCCUUCCUCCUCCUUCCGUGCCCACUCCAGCCGCACCAGUGAGAACCAGUCACCCAGCAGCAGUAACUACUUCAGCCCCCGGGAGACGGGUGAGGGGCCGGAGCACGGGCCUGCCAAGUAUGCACUGCGAGGGGUGGCAGGUGGCAUAGAGCGGGAUGGAUCGGAGGGGCCAGAUGAGGAGGUGAUCUUCCAGGCCGAGAAGGGUCCCUCCCGCUGCCCUGAGCCCUUCUCUGGCAGCAGCAAGUUCAUCCUGGAGACUGACGAUGACGUGAGUGACAGCGGCGGGGAUGGGGGCAGUGGUGGGGGCGGGGGGCGGCGCCCAGCCUACGUGCAGCCUAGCAUCAUGCCCCAGAAGCAGUGGGUGUACAUCAAGAAGGAGCGGUCCCAGGAGGACUUGGUGCUGACAUGCGAGGAGGAUGAGGACCCGGUGGAGGUGGGGCCGGCCCCCGGUGAGCCCCCCCUCAGCAUCAGUGAUGUGCGUACACUGACCGAGCCCUCCGGGGCCAAGCUGGAGGAGCAGGUCAACUUCUGCGAGUCCUCGGAGGACUUUCCCUCGCCCUACGAGGGGCUGGAGGAGGGGCCGGGUGGCGGCGGCAGCUUUGCUCAGCGCUCCCUCAUGCCCAUGGACAUGCAGGGCAACCAGAUCCUGGUCUUCCCCCCGCAGGCCCCCGUGGAGCACGGGGCUGUGCAGCUGGCAGCCGGCUCGGGCGAUGGCAACAAGAUCUUCAUGUGUCACUGUGGCAAGGCCUUCUCCCACAAGAGCAUGCGCGACCGGCAUGUCAACAUGCACCUCAACUUGCGCCCCUUCGACUGCCCCGUCUGUAACAAGAAGUUCAAGAUGAAGCACCACCUGACGGAGCACAUGAAGACACACACGGGCCUCAAGCCCUACGAGUGUGACGUCUGCGCCAAGAAGUUCAUGUGGCGAGACAGCUUCAUGCGCCACAAGGGGCACUGCGAGCGGCGCCACCGCCUGGCCGGGGCAGGCGGGGGACCCAAGAAGGAGCCCGUGGUGGCAGGCGGGGCAGGGGAGGGCGACUGGGCGGCGCUACGGGAGCCCCAGGCUGCCGGGAGGUCUCCGCGCAGUGAACUGGGCUUCGGCGGGGGGAGCGGGGCAAAGAUGUGAAGUGGGGGAGCAGGUGGCAGAUGGCCUCCCCUGCCCUGCACAUGGACACCCCCUCCUCCCUGACAGACCCUGGGGCACAGACAUGCCCUCCCCCACACCCAUCCCAGACGCACAGACUCACCAGUUACUGGAUUCCCCACCUGGAGCGGCCCGCUCUUCCCAGGAUGCUGUGGAGCAGGGACGGGGGAGCCGAGGAGCCAGGACACUCUGGGGGUGGGGUGAGACAGGACGCAGUGAUGAUUGUACAGACUGAAGUCUCUGUCGGGGUCCCGGGUUGUGAAUUCUGUGCCUCCCUCCCCUUCCGGGGCCAGGUGGGGGCUGGAUUCCUAGGCCGUGGCAUUGUGGGUCCAUAACUGUGUACCCUGGGGGGGCCUGGACUCCUGGGUCCCUGAGGGACUCUUAACACUAACCCCCCCGCCCCUUGCUGGGUCGGGGGCACCUCCCUCGCCCAUGAUGGGCUAAGGAGACUGGGCGGGGGAGAUGUUUGUGAGGUGUGAUCCCUCUGUGCUGUGUGUAGCAGGCUGACCUGUGGGUCAGUGAGUCUGUCCUGUCCCUGUCUGUCUGUCUGUGAUUCACUUUGGCUUUCUCGUACAUGUAAUGACUGAUGCUGAGCUGGAACCUGCAGCCCCCCUGCUCUAUCCCUUCUGGAGGAUGGGGCAACCCCCACUCUCCCCUCAGACCACCCUCACCCCUCCUCCCUGGGCCAGUGCCCCCUGGACCCCAAUUUAUGGCCAGAGGGCUAGUGUGAUCCUUGGAGGUACAGACAGGGCAGUUGUGGGCAGGAUGUGAUUUUACAUUGUACCUGGCCCUGGGGCAGCCGUCACUGGGCUCUAGUGCCCAGGACUGGGGCCGGCACUCCCGCACAGGUGGGGAUAUGUUGGAGAGGGGCUGGAGGAGAGCCCCGAGAAUGCUGAAAGCUGCGGGGAACAUGCCUUGCAGAGAGAGACUCAAGUUGCUUACGCAGAGAUGGCGAAGGGGUGACUGGAUCCCCACCUGGGAACAGAGCUGUGAUGCAAGGGCCCUUUGACCCAGCAGCUGGAGGCUGGAGACCAGGGAGGGGAAUAAGGCUGGGAGCAGCUGCCAAGGGGGGCACCUUCUGACCAGGAUGGGAUGGCUGAGAGAGCUGCUGCAGUGCUGGGUGGGUCGCUGGGCUGUGUUCUGCGAGGGGCAGGCGAGACCUGGCCUGGGGAUCUAUGAAUAUCCCCUCCUGGGGGCAGGGCCAGUGUCCCUUCACCCUAUAGUAGGGGUGGGGUCCCCUGCGCCUCUGUCCUUUUUCCCGCCCCCAGUCCCUCUCUGGGACAGCACCCCCCUUCCCUCCCAACUGCCCUCAGGACAGCAUCCUCUGCUCCCUUUCCUCCAUCUCUCCCCUCCCUGGACAACACCCCUCCAUAUCCCCCCUUCAGGGACUGCUCCCCCUUCCUCCCUGGUACAACACCCUCCCCCCACUCCCUAAGCAUAGAGCUAACCUGAAUAUAGGUACGACGCCCCCUUCCCUGCCAAGGGCUGGGGGUGAAUGACCCCCGGCCCUACUGGGGGGGCAUUCCAGUGGGAAGUGCAGGCCCCAGUGGUAGGAGCACCUGAUGUUUGGGGUGUGAUGUAGUAAUCCCCCCAUUACAAACUGAACAGGGGCAUGGGGAUCCCUCUAAUGCACAGCACCCCCACCCCCCACCCCAAUGCUGGGCUAGUGGAGAAGUCACUGGAUUGGGCCUUAGAACUCCUGGGUUCUCUGCCUGGUGCUAGGAGGAGCAUGGGGGCUGGUGGGUUAGAGCAGGGGGGCUGGGAGCCAGGACUCCUGGUUUCUCUCCCUGGCUCUGGGAAGGGGGUGGGGGCUGGUGGGUUAGAGCAGAGGGGAGGGGCUGGGAGCCAGGACUCUUGGGUUCUUUCCCCGGCUGUGGGAGGGGAGGGGCUGGGAGCCAGGACUCCUGGGUUCUUUCCCCAGCUCUGGGAGCGAGGACUGGUGGGUUAGAGCAGAGGGGAGGGGCUGGGAGGCGGGACCCCUGGGUCCUGUCCUGUUUUGGGAGUAAGCCCUUCGCCCCACUCCACCUCUGUGCCUGUUUUCCCCACUGCAGCCUGGGGGCGAGGAACUGGCUGCGGCACUUCUGCUUCUGCUCAGAGUGGGGCUUCCCCAUCCCCCUCAGUUCCUGUCUCCUUCAGUUCUUUUGUAACUUGAUUCUUUGUUGGUUUUUUAAUGUCUAUAAAUAUUUAUUGGUCUGUUU